AUGUUAUUAGGCAUUAAACUACCGAGCGAUUUGGCAGAUUUAACGUUAAGUAAUUAUAUUACUCAAUUAAUGGCUCUUUCACCACGCGUUUCGAAUGAAAAAUUAUUACCAACCACCACAACAAUCGAAAAAAUAAUUUUAAAUAAUGAUAAGACAGAAAAUUCUAAGGUCAAUGUAUCUGACACUUCAAAAGACGCGCCUUCAGAACCAAAUCAACAAAUAUCAGAAAAAGAAGAAUUAAAAGUGGUAGAAUCAAUUAAAAACGAAUUACCAAAAGACGUAAAGUAUAAUACUCUCUCAAAUUCGAAUUCUACAAACUUGGAGGAAAAUUCUCCCAGUCUUGAUAUUCGACCGGAAAUUGAAUCAAUUCAAGCAAAAAAUAAUCAAGAAACAGAGACUGAUAACAUAGACUCAAAUGUUCCAGACGUAGCAUUAAAAUCUAUAGAAAAAGAUGAUGAUGAAUCAUUAAAGAAUUCACAUGCUGUAAUUGAAAAAGAGGAUAGUCAUAGUCUAUCGAUUAAACGUGACAUCGAGAAGGGUGUUAUAACUUUAUCAUCCGUUAACAGUGAAGUUAGUGAUUUGGAUCCCGAAAUAAUAAAGCUUGAUCAAAUCCCAAAGUUUGAGCCUUUGAUAAAACCAAAUCUUGAAAAUAGCGGGUACUCCUUUAGUAACCUUUGGGGAGGAUCAAGUGCAUCCGCUUCGGCAGUAGACUCGGACACUGAAUCAUUUUUUAGACAUGAAUCGAUGUUCAAAAUUGCGUCACUCUUUCAGUCACCUAUGCGUCGAUAUGCCGAAGAGAUUUGUGAGGACCAGAGAGUGAUUAUCGAUACAGUAAAAUCUGUUGAUGAAUACUGUGCACAAAUCAGCCAGUCAAUGUUCGCUGCGCAAUUACAAGCAAAAACUAAUUUAGAGCAAAUUAGUAUUGUCAAUAGUCUUAUGAAACAAGUAGAAAAGACUCACGUGCACAUCCACGACACAUUUCAGACACUCAAUAAACUCGAUAAGUUAUUAUCUGAAGAUAUGCAAUUAGGUAGCACAACGGCAACCGAGCGAUGGCCAACAAUACAUAAACUUUUUGCAAAGACAAGGCCAAGGCCGCCGCAACAUGGUGGCUCGUUUCAAUUCGAGACUAAAAGGUUGUCAUUACAACAACGUAGAACAUAUCCGAGUGCUGUUGCUGUCACUUUUGACACUGUACUUAGUGCUAGACAUCAAGAUGGAUCACUGCCCGAUUCUUUGAUACCAGAAAAGCAACAACAACCAGUUGUAAUCAACGAUGCACCAUCGUCAUUACCACAACAGCGUCAGGAAUCAGAGAAUACAUCGGAACAGGUUACGACAGCAUCGGCUUAUUCAUCUUCACCGUGGUCGAUUAGUCUGUCUCCAAUUCGUGAAGGUCUCAAACGAGUAGGAAGUAGUACGGGAAUAGAUACUUUACUAUGGUCUUCAUCUCCUGCACCCGCUCAAAAUUCUAAUUCAGGACUUUUAUUAUCGAAACCUCCUACUACAAGUACAUUUACAACGUCCCAAUCAUCUGCUGGUAUUAGCAAUAGCAACAGCAGCAUCAACAGUAAGGAUAGAAGUACAAAAGAUCGAAAGAAAAUGAAAUUAUCUUCAAAAGAUUCCAAAGAAAACUUAACUCCGGGUAUAAUAGAAAAUGAAGCAACAAGUACUGUUUCUAGUUCCGCUACUGACUUGAUUCCGCCUACUCAUCAUAGUCGAACACCAUCCGAAUCUUCAAAUAUAUCAAAUAACUCAUCUGUUUGUGAUGAGAUUUAUAUGAAAUCCACUAUUAAUAAAUCACCGAUAUAA